AGUAGAACACGUACAGUCAAGACUCUGUGUGUCCUGAGCAUCUGUUCUGAAUCUUGAAGGAUCAAUUCACAAUGAAUCCAAAACUUCGAUUCGUUGCUGCCUGUCUAGAGACACACAGAGAAAGAGAUCAUCUGUUUGCUGAUUCUCUCCCCAAAUACUGGACUGCAAGCUAAGAAUCAAGAACUUGAUAGAAGUUUCAGACCUGGGUGGCAGAGACACAACUACUUGAGUCAUCACCUGCUGCUUCCCAGGGUGUGCAUUAGCAGGAAGCUGGAAUGAAAAGUGGAGCUGGGACUCAAAGCAAAGUACACCAUUACUGGAUGCGGGCAUCCCAAGUGGUGUAUUAACUUUUGUGCAAAACGUCUAAUUAUAGUUCACAACCCUAUAAGUGCUUUCAAUCUCUUUGCCUAGCAGUAUUUUCAAACAACUCCUGCAUGUUCAUUAUUUGUUAGCUUUAUUUUGUCUUAAGACAAAUGUUUCUGGCCUGUAUGAAUGAACAUUGCAAAAUAUUUCAAAUCAGGUAACUAUAUAUGGAUAUAUAUCUGCUUUCAACCGUAAUUAAAGCGUGUUGUGAUCAGGGACACUCAUUUCAAAAAACAGUUGUUUUGCAGUCGUUUCUAUUUCUCAAGUGAUCUCAGCUACGGCGAUGGAAGGGAAGAGCCUUGUGGAACAUUCUAGAAUCUAGGCAACCACACAGAAGUAAACUAAGAAAGAGCCAGAAUCUGGAACUACUUCUACUUUAGCGUAUACUCCAACAGUGGCCUGCCUGGGAUACCCUGUCUCUCAGGUCAUUACCUUCUUGGUGAUCAAUUUACAGGCACUCCAGACCCAGUUUUCAAGGACCAUGAGUUACAGCCGUCCUCCUCCCAACGUGGAGGGAAUGACAUCACUCAAGGUGUACAAUCUGACCUACCGCACUUCGGUCAACACUCUGCGGCGUGUUUUCGAGAAAUAUGGGCAUCUUGGCGAUGUGUACAUUCCGCGGGACCACUUCACUAAAGAGUCCCGUGGAUUUGCAUUUGUACGCUUCUACCACAAGCACCACGCUGAGGAUGCCAUGGACGCUCUAGAUGGGAUCAUGCUGGAUGGCCGUGAAUUGCGGGUCCACAUGGCGCGCUAUGGUCGCCUCUCAGAUUCCUACCGCGACUACCGUUGGGGAACAAAACCCUACAGGUGGGAUGGAGACGACUACGAACGUCAAAACCGCAGCCCAAGGCGACGACACACCCGACCCAGCCGUUCCAGGAGCCAAAGUCGGAGCCGGAGCCGGAGCCGGAGCCGGAGCCGGAGCCGGAACCGGAGCCGGAGCUGGAGCCGGAGCCGGAGCCGAAGCCGGAGCCGGAACCGAAGCCGAAGCCGAAGCCGGAGCCGAAGCUGGAGCCGGAGCCGAAGCUGGAGCCGGGACCGAAGCUGGAGCCGGAGCCGGAGCCGAAGCCAAGGUCGAGGCCAAAGCGGAGCCCGAGGACGAGGCCGAUCUCGAGCCCGAUCCCGAGCCCGAUCCCGAGCCCGAUCCCGAGCCCGAUCCCGAGCCCGAGGCCGAGGCCGAGGCCGAAGCCGAGGCCGAGCCCGAGCUCGAUGCCGAGCCAGAUCUCGCGCUCGAUCGCGAGCCCGGUCCCGUGGCCGAUCCCGCGGCCGGUCCCGCGGCCGGUCCCGCGGCCGAUCUCGAGCCCGUUCCCGUGCCAGAUCUCGUGCCCGGUCCCGUGCCAGAUCUCGUGCCCGGUCCCGUGUGCAAUCUCGAUCUUGGAGCAGAUCGCAUUUCAAUCGCUGGAAGUCAAGGUCUCGCCCCCGCUCGCGCGCUCACAGAAGAUCUCCAUCAACCUCCACAUCCAGAUCUACACGAAGGUCUACGUCUAAGUCCACCUCGGUGUCCAGAUCUCGCUACAAAAAGACAUUGAGGCUGUCCAUCUCAAAUAUUGCCUUACGAACAACAAAUUAUCAAGACAACAGGAUGGAUAACUCAGAUGCUGAUGAUGAAGAUGGAUUUGAAGCCCAGGACAGAGAUCAGGUAGAGCAAUUGGUUCAGAAUACAGAAUUUUAUCGAUUUGUAAGACACGUAGGUGAGGAAGAUUACAGGCUAGUGAGGGGUAGUAAUUUGAUAAGCACCAUGGAUGAACGUACAGAAGCAGAGUUAGGGAGAAGUCUACACGUUGAAGAGGACACAAUAUUGGAAUCACACGAAGAUGAAGGUAGAGAAAACUCUUUGGAUGAAGUUUCUAGUCGUGAGUCUAUAUCAAAAUGGCUUUCCUGUUGUGAACAAACUGAAAAUAUGGCAGAGAGCUGUCAAGGAGAAAAUCAAUUUUGGACAACAGAAAAUCAGAGUAAUACAAGCAGUAGUGAUUUCAAUUGCAGUGUAGGGAUGAAUUUCAACGUUAAUAAUGGGAGCCCAAAUCCAGAUAAUGAAUAUGCACCAUUUGAAAGACUUCCAAGGGGGCAAAAUACAGAAAAUAGUCAAAGGCAAAUGGAAAGCCCACCAUCUGAGCUAAGAUUUGCAAGCCCAUCUAGAUCACAACAAAGUGCAACUGAUAAAUUAACAGAAGUCCUAUCUAACAGAAGUCAAAGAAGAGCAAGAAGCAGGAGCCCUGACUGUCAGAGGACAAGAGCCAGAGUUGAAACUCAGUCACCUGACCAUAGGUACAAUGAACUUUUACUAAGAUUACAUCAUAAUAUAGCACCUGAAAUUUUUGAACUGCCUGUGAUGAAUGAGUUUGAGGUAUUUGCAAGAUUUCAUCAACGUGAGCUGUUGAGGCAACAAUUAACUAGACCUAAUUUGCAAAGUAGCCAUCGUUUUGCAGCUUCUGGAACAAGAAGUGCCUCUCAAGGAGAAUGGUCUGCAGACACAAUAGGCAAUGAUGAGGUUGGAGGAUUGAGAUCAAACAGUCCAACCACACUUUUUGAUCAUGAAGCAAGAAGACUUCAUCCUGAAGAAUUUUCAGCAAGAGAUGGCAUAGAUAGCAGAACUCGGUUAACAUCUGAGAUACCAAACAACACUGUCACUGAAAGUGACCAAGGAAGAGUCAAAAAUAUGUGUUCAUGUUCUGAGCAUGGAAGAGUGAGACCUUCUUCCAGUACUAUAAUUCCUUUCCAUAGAGCUUUAACUAAUAGUUUAAAUGAUACAGCAUUUGUUACAGCUCCAAGAAGAUUUAGGCAGUUAGAGACGGAAUUUGGUGAGUUGAGUAAUUUUUUGCCCAGUGAUAGCGACUUUGAGCCUAGUGUCUCAUCAAGUCAAAACACGGAAAUGGGAUGGUCACAGACUGGAAGCAGUGAUUCUGAGGAUGGUAGCAGUUGUGAUUCUAAUUCAAGCUUUGAUUCAUGUUCAAGUUUAAUGCUAUAUUACAGUUCAAGCCCUCCCUAUCUGUCUAGUUCUUUCUCCAGUCUUAUAUCUAGUUCCAAUUCUGAAAGUACUGGAACUCGAAGUUCCAGUACCGAAAACUCAGAAAGUAGUUCAGUGCUGUUUGAAGGCAGUAAUGAAGAAAACUCAUCAUCAGAUUCAUCAUCAAUGACCAAUCAAGAAAAUCUACUUAGAAACUUAGCAGCAUCUGAUGAAAGUGACUCUUUGUCCUUCCCUGAUGUAUUUCAGCAUUUCCUCGUACAUGAAGAUGAUCAUGAAGAUAAUCGUGACCAAUCUACAGGACUUACUAAACAGCAGAUUAACAACUUAACAGUAACAUCUUCUUGCAAGGAUGAUACAUCGAAAUCCUGUAUCAUUUGCAUUACAAAAUUUACAAAAGGCAACACGAUUCGAGUACUACCCUGCUUCCACGAAUAUCAUGCCCACUGCAUUGAUCGUUGGCUGUCUGAAAACACUACCUGUCCUAUUUGUCGCCAGGAAGUAAGAGAUUCUGAUAACAAAGAGAAUUCUCAUUGAUAUCUGAACUCUUAGCUAUAUAAAUUGUUACACAGAUUGACAAACAACAUUUAUUUGAUUUACGUCCACUUUUGGAGUUCCACAUACAUAAAGAAACAACCUGAACUGAAUUAUUGGUUCCUGAAAGAAUGGUUGUACUUUCCUAAAUUUCUGAUUCAAAAUAAAAGUAAAUAUUAAAAAUAAAAAAUGUUCUAUCUGAGAAUAAACACCAAUUCCACAACAUGGUGAGUCACUGAAUUUUGUUUGAAGCUUAGCAGGUACAUUGGGUUGGGAUGUUCCCUUUCCAUCAGAAAAAUGUCUUAUCAUAAUAUAAUCAAUUCCAGAUAACUCUUAAUAGUCAUACCUAGUCAUGU